AUGCCUGGAACCAUGUGUGGCCCCUCACGAUGCAUCCCCCUCAGUGCCCGGGACCAUGUAUGGCCCCUCACGAUGCAACCCCCUCAGUGCCCGGGACCGUGUAUGGCCCCUCACGAUGCAACCCCCUCAGUGCCCGGGACCGUGUAUGACCCCUCACGAUGCAACCCCGUCAGUGCCCGGGACCAUGUGUGGCCCCUAACGAUGCAACCCCCUCAGUGCCCGGGACCAUGUAUGGCCCCUCACGAUGCAACCCCCUCAGUGCCCGGGACCAUGCAUGGCUCCUCACGAUGCAACCCCCUCAGUGCCCGGGACCAUGUAUGGCCCCUCACGAUGCAACCCCCUCAGUGCCCGGGACCAUGCAUGGCCCCUCACGAUGCAACCCCCUCAGUGCCCGGGAACAUGCAUGGCUCCUCACGAUGCAACCCCCUCAAUGCCCGGGACCAUGCAUGGCCCCUCACGAUGCAACCCCCUCAGUGCCCGGGACGAUGUGUGGCCCCUCACGAUGCAACCCCUUUGCUGCCCGGGACCAUGUAUGGCCCCUCACGAUGCAACCCCUCAGUGCCCUUGACCAUGUAUGGCCCUUCACGAUGCAACCCCCUCAGUGCCCGGGACCAUGUGUGGCCCCUCACGAUGCAACCCCUUUGCUGCCCGGGUCCAUGUAUGGCCCCUCAUGAUGCAACCCCUUUGCUGCCUGUGACCAUGUAUGGCCCUUCACGAUGCAACCCCCUCAGUGCCCGGGACCAUGUGUGGCCCCUCACGAUGCAACACCUUUGCUGCCCGUGUCCAUGUAUGGCCCUUCACGAUGCAACCCCCUCAGUGCCCGGGACCAUGAUUGCCCCUUCACGAUGCAAUCCCCUCAGUGCCCGGGACCAUGUGUGGCCCCUCACGAUGCAACCCCUUUGCUGCCUGGAACCAUGUGUGGCCCCUCACGAUGCAACCCCCUCAGUGCCCGGGACCAUGUGUGGCCCCUCACGAUGCAACCCCCUCAGUGCCCGGGACCAUGUAUGGCUCCUCACGAUGCAACCCCCUCAGUGCCCGGGACCAUGCAUGGCCCCUCACGAUGCAACCCCCUCAGUGCCCGGGACCAUGUGUGGCCCCUCACGAUGCAACCCCUUUGCUGCCCGGGACCAUGUAUGGCCCCUCACGAUGCAACCCCUCAGUGCCCUUGACCAUGUAUGGCCCUUCACGAUGCAACCCCCUCAGUGCCCGGGACCAUGUGUGGCCUUUCACGAUGCAACCCCUUUGCUGCCCGGGUCCAUGUAUGGCCCCUCCCAAUGCAACCCCUUUGCUGCCCGGGUCCAUGUAUGGCCCCUCAUGAUGCAACCCCUUUGCUGCCUGUGA